UCAUGUGGUUCCGGAUUAUUCGCUGGAAUAACCCGAUGUGUAACCCGGUAUGUGGUAUGCGGUGGUGAGCUAAGUACGACUGUGUCUACUUUCUUCCAUUUAGAAGGGGGGGGGAAACUACGACGUGAUUCUUUGCCAUCUCUUUCACGCCAAGAUGCAGGGUGAAGGCUUGCCAGAUGUGGUAGCAGACGGUUUGGAGGGCAGGAACUUCGGCAAAGCGGUCUGCGUAAUAACUGGAGCGUCGAAAGGGUUCGGCCGAUGUUUGGCUAAAGAAAUAGCCUGCUUGGUCAACCCGGGGUCAGUGUUCGUCCUGGUAGCCCGGUCUGGCGAGAAGUUGCGCGAGCUCGAGGAAGAGCUAGCCGCCACCCCCGCUGGCAAGGCAGGCUUGAUAACGAGAUGCGUGGUCGCAGAUUUGGGUGCGAAGGAGGAUGUUGAAAAAGUGGUUAGUGAGAUCCGAGCGACAGCAUCUUACAGUGACAUCAACCAGCUUCUCCUCAUAAACAACGCAGCCUGUCUGGGUGACAUCUCCCGUUUCGCCAGGACCUUCACCGACAUGGAUGAGAUCAACACCUACCUGUCGCUCAACGUCAGCUCGGCCCUGUGCCUGACGGCGGGCGUGCUGCAGGCGUUUCCGCGUCGCCCGGACCUGCGUCGUUGCGUGGUGAACGUGAGCUCCCUGUGCGCCGUGCAGCCCUUCCCCUCCUGGGUGCUCUACUGCACGGGCAAGGCAGCCAGGGACAUGACCUUCAACGUGCUGGCCAAGGAAGAGCCAGACAUCAGAGUGCUCAACUACGCACCAGGUCCUCUGGACACGGACAUGCAGGUGGCGGCGAGGACGAUCUCGGGUGACGCUGGCCUGAAGGAGACGUGCGUGAAGAUGCACGACCAGGGACAGCUGCUCACCUGCGAGGAGUCCUGCACCAAGAUGCUCAACGUGCUGCUCAAGGAUGAGUAUCCGUCAGGAGCGCACGUUGACUUCUACGAUAUUUAACAUGCCGUCAGGAACACACAUCAAACUUAGACGAUAUUUACCAUGGCGUCAGUAGCGCACAUCAACUUCUAUGAUAUACAAUGCCCCGGGUAUGCACAUCGGCUGCUACAAUAUGCAACAUCCGGGGUACACACCUCAACGUCUACAAUAUCUUACGCCCACCAAACACACCUCAUUGUCUAUGAUAUCUGAUGGGGUAACGCUUUACUUUACGGUACAGUUACCAUAUGUAAUUACUGUGUACUUUCUGUGUAAAAACAGGGUAACAGAGAGAAGUUACAUAGUAUCUAAAGGGUAAAAAUGGGGUAAAUACCAUGAAUGGGGUAACAACACGGUAACAGAGAGAAGUUUGAUGAUUAGAGGGUUAAAAAAUACCCAGUAGUUUCAUAGUAAUUCUUGAGAUAUGUGUAUUACAUGGUUCUCAAUUUAUUCAAAUGAAGUCUUUUAAAUCUAAGCCCUCCCCUGUCACCUCUGGUGUCCCUCAAGGUUCUGUUCUGGGCCCCCUCCUCUUCAUCACCUACCUCCUUCCCCUUGGUAAUAUCUUCCGCAAAUUCAAAAUUAAUUUCCAUUGCUAUGCUGAUGACACCCAGCUCUAUUUAUCUGGCAAACCCUCUGACACU